CAUAGGAUUAUGGCGAUCCUCUUGUAGGAUUACGGGCGGGUUUACGUAAAUUUUAUUGUCACCCUUAUAGCCAACCAAGCCCCAACUGUUUGUGCCUGGGAACUAAUUAAAGGGCAACACUAAUUAGCGUUUAGCUGCCAUGUUACGCGAUUAGCCAUCCACCAUAGUACAAAGAUUCUUUGAUAUCACGCGCAACGUAUCAAAACGGUAACACAUAUCGAAGUGGAUUCGUCAAUUAAUGCCUUGGAUGUGCUGAAACUUUCGUCCACACCGAUUAUUCACAAUAUGUCCAGCCUAUUUGAGGAGGGCAACGAAAUAUGUUCGAUUGGAAUGACUAUGCAACCGUCCAACAGUGUGUCUUCGGGCAUAUCCUUGCUGACUCAACCGGAACAACUGCCCGAACUACCCGCUCCAGAUGAGCAGCGUCUUCGCGAAGCUGCUGCAGUUUUGCAACAACGUUUGGUGCUCCGCCACUGGCUGGCCAGGCACGGACUGCAGGCAUAUUUAUCCCGGCUACUAGCAGUGGGACUCGCACGAUUAGACGACGCCUAUUGGCUGGAGGAUAACAAAGCGACCCAGGUCUUCACCAAGGACUUGACCGAAUGGUCGGCCGCUCGUCAAUCGUUGCCCACUUCGAAAUCUGAUUUGGACAUUUUAAAGGCGGAUCUCUGGUCGGAAGUGGUGAAAAACAGCCAUCAUCAGGACGCAUGGACAUGGGGUGGUAUGUUGGUUGUAUCAGUAUCAGUAGCAGGCCUGGUUACAUUAGCCGCAAUGACACAACCGUCUUUAGCCCCGGAAGCCAAGCAUUCCUUAUUGCAGUAUGUGACUGGAAAGUACCUUCACCCAUCCAACUGUAAGAUCAACUUUCAGUGGAUUUUGCCUCAUCCAGUGGGCCAAACCAUGUGCUUCACUGUCAACUUUUAUCAACGCAAUGGACAGCCUUAUCCAAUCUGUGAUACCGACAAUUUUAGUGUAGAUAUAGUAGGCGGCACCAGAAAGUUGAAUGUGAUUACUGAAUUGGGAUCACCAACUGAUCCGAAUAGCGCCAAUGUGGCCAAAGUGAAAUUUACCGUCCGACAUGCCGGUCAAUAUCGAAUUUCCGUUAUGGUUAACAACCAACACCUGGCUGGAAGCCCGUUUUUCACCGUGUUUGUAGCGGGCCCGGCUUACGCGCAACGCACAGUAGUGAUAAGACAUUGUAGCACUGUAGUGUGCACAUCUAAUGUGGCCCAUCUCUUGUACAUUGAGCCGCGAGAUCAGUAUGGAAAUUUGUGCAAAUAUGAGUCGGAUGUUCAGCCAACCGAGGGAUACUCGGUCCAAAUAGUCUCGCUAGGAUCGUGCUCUCAAGAAAACAUUCUUCAGAUAGAAGAGAAGUACUCGAUCUCCUUAGAUUACGACUGGGGCACCAAUAGAGUGAGCGUGCAGCUUAAAUUUGUCAAAGAGGGCUGCUAUCAUGCCACCAUCAAGUACAAAGGCACUGAGCUGCAUAAUGGGGACUUCGACAUCAUCGUCCUAAACAGUAUCGAUUGGACUUUGGUGCAGAAAAGCGUGGCCACGAAGAACCACAACAUUUGCUAUGACGCCAAACUGAUUGGAAUAAAGGGCGAGCGCUUGGCUAAGCCGAAGAAAGUGAUGUGUUACGUUUCUCCCAAGCAGUUCAUUAUCAAGGAAUUCCUUUUUAGGUUCAUACCAAAGAGAUUGUUUACGUUUAGGUUGUGUCCUUCCACAAAGUUCAUAUUCCAGUCGGAGACGUUGAAAUUAACCGAAUCUGGUGAUUCUUUCCUCAUUGACGACGGUUGCCAGCCGAGAAUCGAGCUGAUCUCAAAAGAGCGAAACGUUAUAGCGGCAACGUUUGCACAGUUUCUCCUGAAAAAUAUGGGUGGAUCUGAAACGUUCAAAGAUAAACAGGAUUUCUUUUACCAUGAGGUGCGAAAGUACCAUCAGAAGCACUAUCAUGAGAAACUCGCCAUGGAAGUGAGACGGGAGAAACUGUUGGAAAGCAGCAUGAAGUCCACAAAGAACUUCUCGGUGUCCGAUUGGUGUAAAAACUUUGAGAUUACGUUUUAUGGAGAACAAGGCAUCGAUUGGGGCGGACUUCGCAGAGAAUGGUUUGAACUGAUCUGCGCUCAACUGUUUGAUGCAAAGCAUGGCCUGUUUGCCAGCUUCCAUGAAGGACAGCAGUCCUUAGUGCACCCCAACCCCGAUCGGCCGGCGCAUUUGAAACUCAAACACUAUGAAUUUGCCGGAAGAGUUGUUGGCAAAUGUUUGUAUGAAACCGCCCUGGGAGGCUCCUACAGGCAAUUAGUGCGAGCAAGGUUCACUCGGUCGUUUUUAGCGCAAGUUAUUGGGCUGCGAGUUCAUUAUAAGUAUUUCGAGCAAGAUGACCCAGACCUCUAUUUGACAAAAAUCAAGUACCUGCUGGAAAACAACAUAGACGAAAUUGAAACCGAAGUUUACUUUGUAGAGGAAGAGUAUGAUGACACGGGACAACUCUCUCGAAUGGUGGAGUUGCUACCAAAUGGGGCUAAAAUUCGCGUGAGAGACAGUACAAAGCUUCAGUAUCUAGACGCAUUGGCUCAGUACCGAUUAGCCAAUAAAGUUAAGGAUGAAGUGGAGGCGUUCCUCAAGGGUCUCAAUGAGCUGAUCCCGGAUAAUUUGUUAAGCAUUUUCGAUGAGAAUGAGUUGGAAGCCUUUCAGCUACUUCUUUGCGGCACUGGCCAGUACAGUGCAGCCGAUUUACGCGCUCAUCAUGUCUUGAACGGAGACUCUGUGGAGUUUAGACGAGUGGUCGGAUGGUUUUGGGCUGCCGUCGGCAAUUUCACUCAAGAGGAAAUGGCCAGACUGUUGCAGUUUGCUACGGGGUGUUCUCAGUUACCUUCGGGAGGAUUUGCCGAGCUCACGCCUAAGUUUCAAAUCACCGCAGCCCCGACAUUUGGCAACUUGCCUACAGCUCACACAUGUUUCAACCAGCUUUGUCUGCCCGACUACAAUUCGUACGAACAGUUCGAGAAGGCUUUGCUUUUGGCCAUCAGCGAAGGAACAGAGGGUUUCGGCAUGGUUUAGCCUCAGGCUCUUUUGCUACCCACUAUUGCGCCUUUUGUAGUAGGUAAUUUGAUCCAUUAGACUGACCUUAGAAGGAAUAAGACUAAUUUGCUUUUAUUAAUCGCACACACCACUUAGUUGUUAGGUGUUUAAUUGACUUUCUGUAAAUCAGGUCAGAAGGCGGUGUUGGAUAAAGACGAGGAAAAUCUGCUACCUAGACGCUUUUUGCAGUACGAACUAAAACAUUUUGUAAUUUAUUUCCGUUGAAUGACUAUUAUGUAGUGUAACUGGCGGAAGCAAUAAUAUUGAAUAAGGCCUUCUUCGUUUUUCAUGUUUGGUAGAACUGGCUCUUGACGCACGUCUAACACCUACAUUUUCGUUCAGUAUUUUUAUAUAAGGCUUUACUUAAGGUAAAUAAUACAUUGUGAUAUUUUGCUAUUAACCGUACUUAUUAGAGUACAGAAUAGGAAGCAUGUUUAUAUAUUAUAAUGUUGCCAUAUUAUUCGAUUUCCGUUUUUAAUCUUCUCUGUAAAAGUGUAGUUUUCUAUUUUAAUCAUUUUGUAUGUUAGUUAUUAGAGACUGCUGCCAUAUUUUUUGUAGCAUACAUUUUAGUUACGGCACAAGAUUUUCCCAAUUUAUGGGCAAAAAUGUCGAACCGACAAUUACAAGUCCUGAAUGGUAUUGGAAGUAUGAAAUGUUCGGAAACUUUGCCCAUAAUUCUGGUUGUGCACAACCCCAAAGAGUAAGCAUGUAGACUUGUUUACAAAUAAACCGAGUUAAACUUAA